GUGCCCAUGGUGGGGCUGUGAUGGAUUGGGCUCAUCGUCCCUGCCCUGACCGUGGACCCGCUCUCUCCACUAAUCAGUCGUGUCCCUCGGCGAGAUGAUGUGCACGCCUGCAUCUCCGUGACAGCUUCCACACUGAAUCACGUGACAGAAGGAGGGAGAGAGAAAGAGAGAAGCUGGUGCCUUAUCCGCAGACGCACGGUGCUCGUCAAUAGGAUGCCAUAACAGAAACCACACGCCUGACACACGACUGCGUGGAUGAUCUUUUUUUUUUCUUAAUACGACCCAAAGUCGAAUGAGUCCAUCUAUGCCGUCGAUUUGAGCAAGAAUAAUAUGUGGAAGACGUACGACAGUGUGUGAUUUUAGCACACGUGGAGCGCGUCUGGGUGCCGUGUGAUGGAGGUGCGUGGAAACGGUGCAUCGUGGGGAUGAAGACACCGAGGGCUCCUGCGCGUCUCGGCCAAGGAUGCUUUUACAGAGAACACAAGUCUGCUGGCUGCCUGGAUUAUUUGUUCGGCCCUCCAGCCUGGAGCUGUAACUUGGCUCUCUGUGAUCCACCUGCGAUAAAUCGAGCUUGACUUCCGGGUGUCCAUGGUGUUGACCCGGGGCACCAGGAAUGGUGGAGACGCUGAGUAUCGCCGUCAUCGGUGCUCCCGGAGUGGGCAAAACUUCGAUCAUUCGCCAGUUCAUCUACAACGACUUCUCCGAGGUGUACACGCCGACCCGUUCUAGAUAUGUGUACCGACCCUCCGUCAUCCUCAACGGGAGCAUGUACGAACUGAAGGUCCUGGACGUCCCUCCGAUCUCCUCCUUUCCGUCCAGCUCCAGUCAGGAGUGGCUGGAUUUGCGUUGCAGAGGCGUUCGCAACGCCAACGCCUACAUCUUGGUGUACGACAUCUGCUGCGUGGAGAGUUUUGAAUAUGUAAAGAUGAUCAGGCAGCAGAUAGUCGAACACAGGGAAGGCAGCAGCAGCGAGGUGCCCAUACUGGUGGUGGGCAACAAAAGAGACCUGCAGCGUCAGCGCUUCAUGCCUCGCAGAGCGGUGUCGGUUCUGGUCAAGAAGACGUGGAAGUGCGGCUAUGUGGAAUGCUCGGCCAAGUUCAACUGGCACGUGGUACUGCUCUUCAAAGAGCUGCUGGGCAUCGCCGUGGCACGGGGCCUGCGUCAGAACCACACCUCCAUCCGCCUGCAAGGGGCACUGCAGAGGAACCGCUGCACCAUCAUGUGACCCUCUCACCUCAGCAGGGCAGCAAAGGACUUCUAGAUCUAAAUGGCUGGAAACUAAAUACCCUGUGGCCUCCUGCAUUACUGAGCUGAUUUUACAUCAUGAGAUUUAUCAGAAGCUGCGCUUGCACGAUUCCAUUCCUGGGUCAUCCAACUGCUUCCGAUUCUCAGUUCACUUUUCUGGCAUAAAAGUAGGAGGAGUCAACAUAUGACACACAAGGCCUUGUAUUGCAUAGACACUCAGGUGUCUGACUCCCUUACUUCUUAUUGUGAGGCUUGCCUUGCAGCCUGAUUGAAAGGAAGCUAUUUUUGUGAGACUCGAAAGUGAGAGGCAGCAAUAUCGGUUGAGUCUUCCUUUUGAAUAUGUCUUAUUCAGUGAGGGGGAGGAGGUGACAAAAGAACAGAAAAAGAUAUUUGGUGAGUUCUUCUCAAAGAGUUGGAUUAGAUAUCUUUCUAGAAUCAGUAAGGUAGCCUACAUUGUCCUGAUUUAAUGACAUUUUCUUUCCUAUCCACACAGCACUUAAGAUUAUGUUUGUUUAGGCAAAGGGAGUUGUAUAGUUUUUGGGCAGCGGAAAAUGCUGCAGUCGCUUAUCGUGAUGUACCGUAGGACCCCUGCACAACACCCUACCCCAUUUCAUCAUCCCCCCACUCAGUGGCUGAUAAUGGUAUGAAUACAUUAACGCAAGGGAACGAUGGACCUGCAGGAGUUUGCAGAGCCUGAAAAAAAGGCACUGCAUGCUCGUUUUGUUUAGUGUGCGUACGUGCGUGCGUGCUUGAUCGCUGACAUUCAAGCAAGUAGAAGGACGGAAUGAGCAAAUGAGAAACAGAAGCUUUGUCACAGGAAGGAGCAAUAAAAUUCCACCUGACCGACAAAGAGAAGACACUGUGUUGUGUUUAGAAUCAGUCAAUUAAACCAUCCACUAAUCCACACCUUAAAAAAAAAAUGCUGCAGCAGUGCUCCAAGACGUCAACC